UCGAGAGCGGCGGUGGUGGUGCUUCGGUUUCCUUGUUUCCUGCGCGGCUGACGCAGGCAGAGGCUGUGGUCAGGGACUGGAUGCUGGAGUUCACCUGUUACUGCCUGUGCUGGCACUUCAGGGAGGGGCGCACGGCGGAGUUCAGGCGGUACAGAGACGUGGCGCAGGCUGUUAUUAAUAGCCUCUCCAAAAUAGCUACACAUCAGAAAAAGACAGUGUAUCUCUGCCAGCUUUUGACAAGAAUUUCAAAAGGAAAAAUACUUGAUUAUCAUUUUGAAAAUGAUCAAAGAAUGUCACCUCUGGAAUCUGCUCUAUCAAUUUGGACUUUACUUGAAAGGGAAGAAAAUAAACCUGAUAAGCUUUAUGAAGAUAUUCGUCGGUUAAUUCAGAUUCAGGUUAUAGCAAUCCAUAUGGAAAAGGGAUAUUUUAAGGAGGCUGCUGAAGUUCUUGAAAGGCUGUUUACAGAUUUGGAAUCAAAUAAGCCUUUAAAGAUGAAGCUAGCAACCAUAAUUAAGAACAAGGAUCCAUACAUUCCCUUUCUUCAAAACUUCAGUUACAAUCUUUUGCUAAGUAAAAUUAAGUGUUAUGUCGAACUCUUCAUGAAAGACAAUGAAACUAACUUCUUAAUACAGGCAGCUGCAAAACAGGUGGAAGCUAAAGAAUUAGGAGCAACAAUGUUGCAGAACGAAACUGUGAAUGUCAGUGAAACAAAGGAAGAAAGCAAUUUGGAAACAAACGAGAGCUUUAUAGAAGAUCAGAGUAUUACAAAUCAGUCAUCUGGAGAUGUUAGAAAACCCACAGUAAGGCCUCGUUCAAGACGGAAACGCAGAAGAAGCAGUGUUCUUCAAAAUCUGAACAGCUUGCAGAAUGUAGAAAAACAUGGUGAUGCUUGGGCUUGUGGCCGAAAAAGGCAGCGGUGGACACAUGAAGAAGACCUGCAACUGAAAUUGGGAAUAAGGAAGUUUGGAGUGGGCAGUUGGGCUAAAAUUUUGGUCCACGGUGACUUCAACAACCGAACUAGUGUCAUGUUAAAAGACCGAUGGAGAACACUCCGCAGGAUUGACCAGGUCUAAUUUGAACUGCAAGAAUCAACUUGAACUGUUCUUAAGCCUUUCCUACGUGAGGACAAGUCUAGCUUUUCAGAAUAACUUUGACUGUAUGAGAUGCUGAUGACUUAUAAGUAGUUAAAAUAUUACAAAAAACUUUCUAUGGAGGUAAAACAGUGGUACCACCAUCCAUCCUAUGAUUUGAGUAAUGUUCUCUUUUUUUCUAAUCCUGUUGUCAAACUAUUUUCCCUGUCAAUAGUUAAU